AUGCCUUUCACCGCCUCUGACAUCUGCAAGAUCAUCUUUGCCAUUAUCCUGCCCCCUCUGGGUGUCUUCCUGGAGCGCGGAUGUGGCGCUGAUUUCCUGAUCAACAUCUUAUUGACCAUUCUGGGAUGGAUUCCCGGUGUCAUCCACGCCAUCUACAUUAUCUUCAAAUAUUAG